UCGCUCAUUCUGCAAAAAACAUACCAUUAAAAAAAACACAGACAAAAAAGAGAAAGAUGAGGGAAUGCAUAUCCGUUCACAUUGGUCAAGCCGGUAUUCAAGUCGGCAAUGCUUGCUGGGAACUUUAUUGCCUCGAACAUGGCAUCCAGCCGGACGGCCAGAUGCCAGGAGACAAGACUCUUGGAGGAGGUGAUGAUGCCUUCAAUACAUUUUUCAGCGAAACCGGCUCAGGGAAGCACGUUCCUCGUGCUGUUUUUGUUGAUCUUGAGCCCACUGUUAUUGAUGAAGUGAGAGCUGGACCAUAUCGCCAGUUAUUUCACCCUGAACAAUUGAUCAGUGGCAAAGAAGAUGCAGCGAACAACUUCGCACGAGGACACUAUACAAUUGGAAGGGAGAUAGUUGAUCUUUGCUUGGAUCGAAUCAGAAAACUCGCAGACAACUGCACUGGUCUGCAGGGUUUUUUGGUCUUUAAUGCUGUUGGUGGAGGCACUGGUUCUGGCUUAGGUUCACUUCUAUUAGAACGUUUGUCAGUGGACUAUGGUAAAAAAUCCAAGCUUGGGUUUACUGUGUAUCCCUCUCCUCAGGUAUCAACCUCUGUUGUGGAGCCAUACAAUAGUGUUCUGUCAACCCACUCCCUAUUGGAACACACAGAUGUUGCUGUCCUGCUUGAUAAUGAAGCCAUUUAUGACAUUUGUCGUCGAUCCCUCGACAUUGAACGUCCCACCUACACCAACUUGAACCGAUUAGUGUCACAGGUGAUCUCAUCUCUCACUGCUUCUUUGAGGUUUGAUGGAGCUUUGAACGUUGACGUGAAUGAAUUCCAGACUAACCUGGUCCCAUACCCAAGGAUCCACUUCAUGCUUUCGUCUUAUGCUCCAGUUAUAUCUGCUGAGAAGGCUCACCACGAACAACAUUCCGUGGCAGAAAUCACCACAACUGCUUUUGAACCAGCUUCUAUGAUGGCCAAGUGUGAUCCUCGUCGUGGCAAGUAUAUGGCGUGCUGCCUAAUGUAUCGAGGGGAUGUGGUUCCUAAGGAUGUGAAUGCUGCUGUAUCCAUUAUCAAAACCAAGCGUAGCAUUCAAUUUGUUGAUUGGUGUCCAACAGGCUUUAAAUGUGGAAUCAAUUACCAGACCCCAACCGUUGUCCCCGGAGGUGAUUUGGCCAAGGUACAGAGAGCAGUGUGUAUGAUAUCCAAUUCCACUAGUGUUGCUGAGGUUUUCUCUAGAAUCGAUCACAAAUUUGAUCUAAUGUACGCGAAAAGAGCGUUUGUUCAUUGGUAUGUUGGUGAAGGCAUGGAGGAAGGUGAAUUUUCUGAAGCCCGUGAGGAUUUAGCUGCACUUGAGAAAGAUUAUGAGGAGGUGGGUGCUGAGUAUGGGCAAGGUGAAGAGGGUAGUGAAGGAGAAGAAUACUAAUUAAUGAGUGAGAGCAUGAUGGAUCAUUAGAUGU